AUGCGUCCUGAGGACACCACCCCAGCCGAACACAUGGGAGAGGGCGCCUCCCCCACUCAGCUGCGCCUGGCGCAGGAGCUGCUAUCGCGCGGGGUGACCCGCUUUGCCUUCCAGCGAGUGCCCGAGCCCUACUACUCCUGGCCGCUGGAGGGCAGACGGCAAGCGCUGGGUGCAGCGAGUGUCUACCACCUGUGCAAGAGUAUGGUGAUGGUAAAUACCAAGGCCCAUGCCAGCGUGACAGACUGCUCCGACCCCCUGAACCCCAAGUACUACAUGAUCAUCUAUGCUGCGCGACUGAAUGCAGAGAAGCUCAAGGCGUGGGCACAUGCGCUCAAGAACAGCGAGAUCCCCAAAAAGUAUUACAACCUGCGCCUUGCACCCGAAGAAGAUUCUGGACGGCUGACGGGGUUCAUCCACAACGCCGUCACGCCCAUCGGGUCCCUCGCCCAAAUACCAACAGUUUUGUCGCACAGGAUCGCGGCCCUCCCAGAGGAUACCUUCUUCUGGCUAGGAGCAGGAGAAGUGGAUCUCAAAGUGGGCCUCUACGUCAAAGACUUUGUGCGUGCCUAUGGCGCGCAUGUGGUGGACUGCACCUACGACGAGGUGCCUGAGGACCUCCAGAGCAUCUCGGACUGA